AUCCAUCCAUGGUCAAAAGGUGGGAACGCCUUCCAUGGGCUAAGAUCCUUUUCUGAGGUCUCCUCUCUCUCUCUCUCUCUAGGGUUUCUCAGCGGAGACUCAAUUGCUCAAAAUCGGAGCUCGAUCGCGGAAAAAUCCCUCGCCGGUUCAUCCAAGGGUUUAAUAAUCUCGAAGAUGGAGGAGAGUUUGAAGAUGGAGAGCCAGUUGCAGUCGGCUGCGGCCUUCGUUGAAGGAGGGAUCCAGGAUGCUUGCGAUGAUUCAUGCAGUAUUUGCCUCGAGGCUUUUUGUGAGAGCGAUCCGUCUACGGUGACUAGCUGCAAGCAUGAGUUCCAUCUUCAGUGCAUCCUUGAAUGGUGCCAGAGGAGCUCUCAGUGCCCUAUGUGUUGGCAGCCCAUCAGUUUGAAGGAUCCCAUAAGCCAAGAGUUAUUUGAGGGUGUAGAACAUGAGAGGAACAUUAGGUCCAAUCAAACACGAAAUGCCACCAUUUUUCGUCACCCUGCACUUGGAGAUUUUGAGUUGCAGCAUCUACCAGUUGGUGUAAAUGAUGCUGAACUUGAAGAGCGCAUAAUCCAACACUUGGCUGCUGCUGCAGCAAUGGGUAGAGCCCAUCAUGGUGGCAGAAGAGAAGGACAACGCAGGUCCACAGCUCAGGGCCGCCCACAAUUUCUGGUUUUCUCUACACAUCCUAAUGCACCUUCUGUUGGUUCAGUUUCUCUCUCAUCUGCCCCGAGAGGUGAAGAAGAACAAUCGAGUGCUGCAGGUAAUUCUUCAACCAUAGGUAAUACCACAGAAGGUGCUGUCAGUGUAGCUCAAGCAGAUCCAGUUAGUGGCAUGACAUCUGGAACUAGUGCUGCUACCAACACCAACAGGCCUGUUAUUUCCAAUAGCCAGAUUUCUGCUGGACAAACUACUCCAGUAGGUCAGGACAGAGCUGGACCAUCAGACUUGCAGUCCUUUUCGGAAACUUUAAAAUCUCGCCUAAAUGCUGUCUCGAUGAGAUACAAAGAUUCCAUCACAAAGAGUACAAGGGGUUGGAAGGAAAGGCUGUUUUCACGUAACACUUCUGUAGCAGAUAUUGGGUCUGAAGUCAAGAGGGAGGUUACUGCCGGUAUUGCUUCUGUUUCACGCAUGAUGGAGCGUCUGGACACGAGAGAAAGUAGAAGAACAGCUGGUGACCAUGAUCAACAAAGUUCAGGAGGUUAUCCAGUCACCCAGUCAAGUAAUGAGAGAGUUGCAGAUAAUAAGACUAAUAGUCCUCCAAAUGAUAACCACACAUCUACUUCUUCUGCUACAACUGCAACUUUGAGCUAAACUAACUUAUGAUCUCCAGAAUUUGAAUGUGCCAAUAUGUUCAUCUUUCAAGGUAUUAUACUUAAUUUGCCUAUAUA